AUAUUUAGUGCGUGUGGAGGUCAGAAGAUCGUGCUGGAUCCCCUAGGACUGGAAUUACAGAUAAUACAUAGGUGCUGGGAAUUGAACCCGGGUACUCUGCAGUAGCAAUCAGCACUCUAAACAGAUAAGCCAUUUCUCCAGCCCUGGUCUACCUGGUUUAUGAGAUAGACUCUCUCACUGGGGCCUACGGCUGGCAGAUUAGGCUACGUGGGGUAGCCAGAAAGCUCCAAGGAUCCACUUGUCUCAGCCUCCACAGAGCCUGGGUUACUGGGGCGCGCCACCAUCCCCCUGUGCUGUGCAGCAAGCUCUUCACAGGCUGAGAGAUCUCCCCAGUCCUCCUUUCCUUCCUUCUCCUCAACCCUGUACUCCCUUGCUCUAACUAAAAGGUGAGGUGGAGAUGUGUCUAGAGAGCAUGGGGCGGGUGGAGUCUGGAGAGGGGAGACUAGGAGCAUCUCCUGGAGCUCAUCUUGGUUGGAAUUGGACCGUUGUCAUCUGCGUCGGUGAGGUAUGGCUAGGAAGGAUUUAUGGGGUUUGGAUGAGGAUCUCCAUAUGGGGGGUCCCUAAAUGGGAAGUGUUUGAGACACUACAGAUCUGGGGACUACAAUAAGACAGAUAUUGAGCGUUCCCCCUCCCCCUCUUUUUUUGGUUCUUGUCACUGUGAAGUUUUUUUGGGCAGGUGUGGACACCAGAGCCAAGCGCCCAGCACCAUGCCUUGGAAAACUGAGGUAAUCAAAGACGUUCUGCUCACAGCCCUGCAGAAGGACGCCAAGUCUGUCAUGAUCAAGAACAAGGAUAAUGUGAAGUUCCAGGUUCGCUGCAGCAGGUACUGGCCCAGGCCCUGAUUCCUUGAAGAGAGAUGAAGAAACCGAGAUUCAGAGAGGUUCAGACACUUGCCCAAGGUCACACAGCUAGUCUCUCCCACACCUCCUGCCUCCCCCCUGCACCAUGGCUCCAGGCCCCUUCUCCUCCGGGCUCCUCUCGCCAUCACCUGCUGCUCUCCCUUUCCUACUGCUGCUCUGGGCAGGAGCAUCUCGUGGCCAACCCUGCCCGGGUCGCUGCAUCUGUCAGAACGUAGCCCCUACACUGACCAUGCUGUGUGCCAAGACCGGCUUGCUCUUCGUGCCACCCGCCAUCGACAGGCGUGUGGUCGAGCUGCGGCUCACUGACAACUUCAUUGCGGCUGUGCGUCGGCGAGACUUCGCCAAUAUGACCAGCUUGGUCCACCUCACCCUGUCUCGCAACACCAUUGGCCAGGUAGCCGCCGGUGCUUUUGCUGACCUCCGUGCUCUCCGGGCCCUGCACCUUGACAGCAACCGCCUAGCAGAGGUUCGAGGGGACCAGCUCCGGGGCUUGGGUAACCUCCGCCACUUGAUCCUCGGCAACAAUCAGAUCCGCAAGGUGGAGUCGGCAGCCUUUGACGCCUUCCUGUCCACCGUGGAGGACCUGGACCUGUCCUACAAUAACCUGGAGGCACUGCCAUGGGAGGCGGUGGGUCAGAUGGUGAACUUGAACACCCUCACGCUGGACCACAAUCUCAUUGAUCACAUUGCGGAGGGCACCUUCGUGCAGCUGCACAAACUCGUACGGUUGGACAUGACCUCCAACCGUCUACAUAAACUACCCCCAGAUGGACUGUUCUUGAGGUCCCAGGGCGGUGGGCCCAAGCCACCCACCCCACUGACGGUCAGCUUCGGUGGCAACCCGCUGCACUGCAACUGUGAACUGCUCUGGCUUCGGCGCCUGACCAGGGAGGACGAUUUGGAGACGUGUGCCACGCCCGAGCAUCUCACUGACCGCUAUUUCUGGUCUAUUCCUGAGGAGGAAUUUCUAUGUGAGCCCCCGCUCAUCACACGGCAGGCAGGGGGCCGGGCCCUGGUGGUGGAGGGCCAGGCUGUCAGUCUGCGCUGCCGGGCAGUGGGAGACCCCGAGCCCGUGGUGCAUUGGGUGGCCCCUGAUGGACGGCUGCUGGGGAACUCCAGCCGGACUCGGGUCCGUGGUGAUGGAACGCUGGAUGUGACCAUCACCACCCUAAGGGACAGCGGUACCUUCACUUGCAUAGCCUCCAAUGCUGCGGGGGAAGCCACUGCACCUGUGGAGGUAUGUGUGGUACCUCUGCCACUGAUGGCGCCCCCACCUGCUGCCCCGCCGCCUCUCACUGAACCUGGUUCUUCUGACAUCGCCACACCAGGCAGACCCGGUGCCAACGACUCAGCCACUGAGCGCAGGCUUGUGGCCGCCGAACUCACGUCCAGCUCUGUGCUCAUCCGCUGGCCGGCCCAGAGGCCGGUGCCUGGCAUCCGCAUGUACCAAGUGCAAUACAACAGCUCUGCGGAUGACUCCCUAGUCUACAGGAUGAUUCCUUCCACCAGCCAGACUUUCCUGGUGAAUGAUCUGGCGGCGGGCCGCGCCUAUGAUUUGUGUGUGUUGGCAGUCUACGACGACGGGGCCACCGCUCUGCCGGCUACCAGAGUGGUGGGCUGUGUGCAAUUCACCACCGCGGGAGAUCCUGCACCAUGCCGCCCGCUGAGGGCCCACUUCUUGGGCGGCACCAUGAUCAUCGCCAUCGGGGGCGUCAUUGUAGCCUCGGUCUUGGUUUUCAUCGUUCUGCUCAUGAUUCGCUACAAGGUGUACGGCGAUGGGGACAGCCGCCGCAUCAAGGGGACGUCCAGAUCGCCCCCUCGGGUCAGCCACGUGUGCUCUCAGACCAACGGCGCAGGUGCGCAGCAGGCCUCCGCCCCACCGGCUCCAGACCGCUACGAGGCGCUGCGGGAGGUCGCCGUCCCUGCAGCCAUCGAGGCAAAGGCCAUGGAGGCCGAGGCGACUUCCACUGAGCUAGAGGUGGUGCUUGGACGCUCUCUGGGUGGCUCCGCCACCUCGCUAUGCUUGUUACCCUCCGAGGAAACUUCUGGGGAGGAAUCUAGGGCCUUGACCGGUCCUCGAAGGAGCCGUUCAGGGGCCUUGGGGCCUCCAACUUCAGCGCCCCCAACUCUAGCUCUGGUUCCUGGGGGAGCCUCGGCCCGGCCCAGGCCACAACAACGCUAUUCCUUCGACGGGGACUACGGGGCGCUGUUCCAGAGUCACAGUUACCCGCGCCGCGCCCGGCGGACAAAGCGCCACCGGUCCACGCCACACCUGGACGGGGCCGGAGGGGGCGCGGCCGGGGAGGACGGAGACCUGGGGCUGGGCUCCGCCCGGGCACGCCUGGCCUUCACCAGCACCGAAUGGAUGCUGGAGAGUACCGUGUGAGCGGCGGGCGCACGGGCACCGGGACGCCUGUGGGCCGCGCUUAGAUGCCCAGCCCGGCCGGAUGCGGGGGAGGCUGGAGAGAAGGGAUGCGCAAGGGGCGUGGCUGGCGCAGUCGAGGCCACGCCCGCUCGCCUCCGGAUUGGAGGCAGACCGCCGGCCUCUCCGACUCCACCCCUCCGCCCCGUCCCCUGCGCGCUCGCGGACCUCGCCGGAGCCGAUGCCUUACACAGCGAAGCGCGGGGAGGGGCGGGGCCCCCCCACACUGCAGCACUGAGACACGAGUCCCCUACCCUACCCGGGACCCUGGGGCAGGGGCGAGGGGCCCAUUCCUUGUAUCUGGCUGGACUAGAUCUCUUCUGCCCCGCGGCGGCCUCCAAAGCCUCCAGUCCCCUCACCCAGCCCCAUCCCUGGUCCCACCAGUCUGGUUCGGAGGGAGGGGCUUCUUUUUUCUCCCUGCGUCCUUGUCUUUCCCGCCCUCUGUCGUCUGUUUUAAGUCCUAUCCUACGUGUCUCCCUUUUUUUCUGUCCCAUGGUUGUCUCUUCUCCCUCCGCCCUUCCUUGUUUAUUUAUUUAUUUGUUUUAUUUUUUGUCCAGUGUCCGUGUCUCUCCCGAUUCCCUGUCCUCACCAUCUUCCGGGCAGGUCCCACUGAAGGACCAGACUCUUCUCUCUACCUUCCUUAUCCUCACAAUGAAUCCCCACACAAACAAAAACCAAAUCCCCCUCUCAGAGCCGGGACCCUCCGCCGCAGCAGAAUUAAACUUUUUUCUGUGUCUGAGGCGGCUCUGCUGA